CCAGGAGGGCAGGGACUCUCGGGGGCUGGAGUGCGGUACCUGAGCGAGACGCGCACCAGAAAGCCCACGUUGGCCGCUGCGGGGAGCGCAGCGCCGAGAGGCGGGAGACUCCGAAUUCCCGCGCCGUUGCCGCGGUCACUGCUCCGCGCGCGGGUCCUGUUCCCUCCCGUCCUGUCUGCGAGCGGUGUUUGCGGGGCAGCCGGGAGAGCUCUAAACGGAAAGCAAGAUCCUUGCCGCCUCCCCUUGGGGGUUCGAGCAGCGCGCGGAGAUUCUGGGGGGCAGCGACAGUGCCCGAGGGCGGAGAGGCGCGGAGUUUGUGAGCGGAAAGGAAGUUAAGCCUCGCGGAGAAGACUGGCAUCCCGGGACGCCUUGUCGCCUCAGCCUGGGCCCCACGGCGGAGUAAACUUCUCGGCGGUUGUGCGAGCCACGGAGAGGCGUGCGCGGGGAUGAUGCCGGGCAUCUCCCCCAGCUGGUGAGCCGCCCCGCCGCCCCGGCUCCCACUCAGCCGUCCGGGAGGGAGCGGGACAACGCACGUGCGCGGGCAGCGAGGCCCGGGAGUGACCGCGCCGUGACCCGCCCAGGGGCGAGGGCGCGGGCUGCAGCGCAGCCGGGACUCGGACGCACCUGGCCUGGACCUUGCGCCUCUCGAGACCUGCGCCGGAGUGUGGGGCUCCUCUCCGAGUGGUUCUCCGUGUGAUCUCCCCCCUCUCCUCUCCUCCAGCCUGGGCAACUGGGGGCGCCCCAGAGGACGAUGAGAGAUAAGGACUGAGGGCCAGGAAGGGGAAGCGAGCCCGCCGAGAGGUGGCGGGGGCUGCUCACACCAAGGGCCACAGCGGCCGCGCUCCGGCCUCGCUCCGCCGCUCCACGCCUCGCGGGGCCCGCGGGGCCAGUCCGGCCGGGCGGGGAUGCUGGGGCGGAGGGCGCAGUGGCUGUGCUGGUGGUGGGGGCUGCUGUGCAGUUGCUGCGGGCCCCCGCCGCUUCGGCCGCCCCUGCCCGCCGCCGCCGCCGCCGCCGCCGCCGCCGCCGGCGGGGGGGCGCUGCUGGGGGACGGCAGGAGCCCGGGCCACGCGGAGCAGCAGCCGCCGCCGCCGCCACAGUCCUCCUCCUCCGGCUUCCUCUACCGGCGGCUCAAGACGCACGAGAAGCGCGAGAUGCAGAAGGAGAUCCUCUCGGUGCUGGGGCUCCCCCACCGGCCUCGACCCCUGCACGGCCUCCAGCAGCCGCAGCCCGCUGCACUCCCUCAGCAGCAGCCUCGCGGGGACCCCCCUCCCGGACGGCUAAAGUCUGCGCCCCUCUUCAUGCUGGAUCUGUACAACGCCCUGGCCGCGGACGACGAUGAGGACUGGGCGUCGGGGGAGGAGAGGCGGCAGCAUGGGCCUCGCGGAGGGGUAGGCUUGUCCCAGCAACGGCAGCCGCCCCCAGGCGCGCCGCCCCGGGUCAACGGCAAGAGCCUCCUGGCCGCGGGACCAGGCGGCGGCGCGUCCCCACUGACUAGCGCGCAGGACAGCGCCUUCCUCAACGACGCGGACAUGGUCAUGAGCUUUGUGAACCUGGUGGAGUACGAGAAGGAGUUCUCCCCUGGCCAGCGACACCACAAAGAGUUCAAGUUCAACUUAUCCCAGAUUCCUGAGGGUGAGGCGGUGACGGCUGCAGAAUUCCGCAUCUACAAGGACUGUGUUGUGGGGAGUUUUAAAAACCAAACUUUUCUUAUCAGCAUUUAUCAAGUCUUGCAGGAGCAUCAGCACAGAGACUCUGACCUAUUUUUGUUGGAUACCCGCGUGGUGUGGGCCUCAGAAGAAGGCUGGCUGGAAUUUGACAUCACGGCCACUAGCAAUCUGUGGGUCGUGACCCCGCAGCACAACAUGGGGCUUCAGCUGAGCGUGGUGACUCGGGAUGGACUCACCAUCAACCCUCGAGCGGCAGGCCUGGUGGGCAGAGACGGCCCUUACGAUAAGCAGCCCUUCAUGGUGGCCUUCUUCAAGGUCAGCGAGGUCCACGUGCGCACCACGAGGUCAGCCCCCGGGAGGCGCCGACAGCAGAGCCGCAAUCGCUCCACCCAGUCCCAAGACGUUUCCCGGGUCUCCAGCGCUUCCGAUUACAACAGCAGUGAGUUGAAAACGGCCUGCAGGAAGCAUGAGCUUUAUGUGAGCUUCCAAGACCUGGGAUGGCAGGACUGGAUCAUCGCACCCAAGGGCUACGCCGCCAACUACUGUGACGGAGAAUGCUCCUUCCCGCUCAACGCGCACAUGAACGCGACGAACCACGCGAUCGUGCAGACGCUGGUUCACCUUAUGAAUCCCGACUAUGUCCCGAAACCAUGCUGCGCGCCAACCAAGCUGAACGCCAUCUCGGUUCUUUACUUUGACGACAACUCCAAUGUCAUCUUGAAAAAAUACAGGAAUAUGGUUGUCAGAGCUUGUGGGUGCCACUGACUCCAAUCCAGCGGCUGGGGACACAGAGACUGACUUGGGUUCCCAGGUGACAGCUGCCUUAAAAAAAGAAAAACAUGCAGGAGCACGGCGAAGGGGGAGGCAAGGCUUUGAAGCUGCCCCAGGCUGGCCGGUGCCUUAGUGCCCAAGAUUUUCAAGGGCCUUGUAGAGAAUUGGCUCACGCAGUACAUAACGUGGGUAGAUGCUGGUCUGCAGGAAGCGGGGUUUGGAUGUCUUAGUAUGAAGUCUGGGAACUUUUUAGAAACAUAAUAUGGAAGGGUUCCCCCCCCACCCAGCCAAAAAAAAAAGAAGAGCCCACCAGAAUUAGUUUUAGCUUUAGAUCAAGCUAUUUGUGGUGUUAGUGAGUCAAUAGGGAAAAUCAUCUUAAAGGAGUAAGAGUAUCCUUGGCUGAAGUUAUCGGCCCGUUCUGUAGCGUCAGAGGUAGGUCUGUAUAGAUAACUGGAAUUGGGGGGGGCGCCCCUCUUCACAGCCGGCCUCCGCGGGGCAGUCUCACGCAGGGUCAGCAGCCCGGGCCAUCCCCGGGGCUGUGUGAAGUGCCUUUUCUCUCUGCCCCAGCCCUCAGUGUUUGCACUGGAGUUCUGUCGAUGGGAAAAUACACUUACUUUGGUCAAACCAACCGUGUCCUUUCCACACCGCACCCCGCCCCCCAUUGGCUGUUCUCCUUGCGAGCGCCCACAGUAGAGCGAGUAGGUGUUGGGGUGAGGCCGCAGGGGGCGGGUCAGCCGGGCGCUGCAGGAAACCAGUGCUGCGCCCCUUCUCUCGCGGGAUAGCUCUUGGAAAAGCACAUGAACUCCAGGAACGUCAGCUCUAAUAAUUCACCUAUUUCAGUCAAGUGGUUCUUUACCUUUUCCUCGACAGCAUGCAGGUGGCAGGGUUAGACCCCACAAAGGAAACAAAAUGGGGAAGGACCCUCUCCCCCCAUGCCCCGGGCCACCAAGGGAGGGUCUGGAUGGGCAUGCCGUUAGGAACCCGAAUCCCAGUUUUCUCUUGUAGAAAGGAAGACUCAGAUGAAAUCGUAGAGUAUUUUUAAAGUGUCUUUUUCACAAUCAUGUACUAGGAAGCCAAUUUCAUACUAAACUGAUUAAAUAAUACAUUUAUGAUCUAAAACUGUUUGCACUUACAGCUUUUUUGUAAAUAUAAAGUAUAAUUUAUUGUCUAUUUUAUAUCUGUUUUGCUGUAACAUUUAAGGAAAGACCAGACUUUUUUUUUUUAAAAAAAGAGUUUAUUUAGAAAGUAUCAUAGUGUAAACAAAUUGUACCACUUGGAUUUUCUUUUAAUACAAGAGUCAUGAUGCAAAGCUGAAGCCACUCAUGAGGAUUGUGCUUCUCUAGAAAGUUGGGGUUUUUAAAAGAACAUCUGUGAACCAUACAUAAUUAAUAAAGAUUUCCUUUAAGGCAGAGGCUGGCCGAGAUCCUG